UUGCCCACGUCUAUCUCUCUCGAACGUCCGAUUUAGCCCGAUCAACAUGGGUGGAGGCGGCAAGAUCCCAUACCCCAAGGAAGUCUGGUCUCCCGCCGGAGGCUGGUACGCUCAGCCUGCGAACUGGAGGGUGAACACGGCCAUCAUGGGGGCGGCCGUCAUUGGAGUUGCUGCCGUCACUUGGAGCCUCAGCGCCGACCGCGAGCGUCGGGAAAAGAUGCCAGAGCCCGGCAGAUUCUUUCCUAGUCGCUACUGGAGCCGACAGAUUAUCGAACACGAGAGAGCUUCGAAGCAGGAUUCAUAAAGCGGCGCACGGAAUAUAAACAAGAUUGGAAAUCGUGGAGGGAUACUAUGGCAAAUGACGGGUUUUUUUGUUUCAUAUUCUUGUGGGCUGUACGACAAUAGAAGGGCGUUCUUCAAUCCGUUCAAUUGAUCUGGAAAUGCUUCCGAGGAGACUCUUCGACGCUUUUAUACAAUCGCUGGGUGUACAGACGGACCCGUUCCGUGAAUUCAGUCUCGUUCCAAA